UUAAAAAUGUCAAGGAUAGGCAUUCAUUUAUGACACUCACAAUAUAUUUUCCUGCAGGACCUUUUACAGAUCUAGUAGUAAUAAUUGAAAUAAAGGAUAAUUAAUGACACACACAAGAUAUUUUUCUGCAGUACCUUUUACAGAUCUAGUGGUAAUAAUUGAAAUAAAGGAGAAAAAGUAACCCUAUAUUAUCCAUCAUACAAUACAUAUGCUAUAAUCCCUUGAUGGGUUUUCCUUAUUAAUCAUCCUUUUAUCCCCAAAUUCUGUUGCUUCUAGCAAUAUUGCAGACAGAGAAAUAUGAAUCACACAAAGGAAAAUAUUGCACCCAUAUUCUCAGAUUCCGGCGCGGAUAAUUGUAGUACUGGUACUAGUACUAGCACCACACUAGCCAAGAAGAAGAAGGGGAAGCUGGUUUUCUUCUCCAUUUUCUUCUCGUUCUUGUUUCUCUUCUCUGCUUUCCUAAUGGUUGUUGCUUUAGUUGAAAGAAACUCCGACAAUGAAAUCAAUGGUGGUGAUAUUGAUAAAAUUGCAGCUCACCCCAUCAUCAAAUCCUCUUGCAGCAGCACACUGUACCCGGAACUCUGUUUCUCAUCAAUGUCCAAAGUCUCUGGUGCUGCCGACAAGAUAAAGAGCCCCAAGGACGUAAUCGAGCUGUCACUGAAUCUCACCAUAACUUCAGUCCAGCAGAACUACUUCACCAUCAAGAAAAUCAUCUCCAUUGGAAAGAGCAAGAAAGCUCUCACCAAGCGUGAACUCACAGCACUUCAUGACUGUCUCGAAUUGGUGGACGAGACCUUAGACGAGCUUUUCAAAUCUCAACAGGACCUCAAGGACAAUACCUCCUCUGCCUCCAACAAGACCACAAUAUCCCAACACGCAGAGCACAUCAAAACCAUGCUUAGCGGCGCCAUGACUAAUCAAGAAACAUGCUUGGAUGGGUUUUCCCAUGAUUCUGCUGAUAAGAAGGUCCGCGAAGCUUUGAUCGCUGGUCAGAUGCAUGUUUUUCAUAUGUGCAGCAACGCAUUGGCCAUGAUCCGCAACAUAACCGACAGCGAAGAAGGCGAUGACAUGGCAAACCAGUACUCGCCGGAGGGAAAUGGAAAGGAGUGGCCUGAUUGGUUGUCGGCCGGAGACCGGAGGUUGCUUCAGGCACCCACAUUGACGCCGAACGUUGUGGUGGCUGCUGAUGGGAGUGGAGACUACAAGACGGUGAGUGAAGCGGUGGCAGCUGCGCCUGAGGGAAGCAGUACGAGGUAUAUAAUUAAGAUUAAAGCGGGAGUUUAUAGAGAGAAUGUGGAGGUACCAAAGAAGAAGACCAACCUCAUGUUCGUUGGAGAUGGGAGGGUCAAUACCAUCAUCACUGGUAAUAGGAAUGUCGUCGAUGGCAGUACCACCUUCCGCUCUGCAACUGUUGCGGUGGUAGGGGACGGGUUCUUGGCAAGGGACAUAACUUUUGAGAACACAGCAGGACCAUCAAAGCAUCAGGCUGUAGCUCUGCGAGUAGGUUCAGAUCUAUCAGCAUUCUACCAAUGCGACAUGCUAGCUUACCAGGACACUCUCUACGUCCAUUCUCUCAGGCAAUUCUUCGUCAACUGUUUCAUAGCAGGCUCUGUAGAUUUUAUCUUCGGAAAUGCCGCUGCAAUUCUCCAAGACUGCGAUAUCCAUGCCCGAAGACCAAACCCCGGCCAAAAAAACAUGGUCACAGCUCAAGGCCGAGAAGACCCAAAUCAAAACACAGGCAUAGUCAUCCAAAAAUGCAGGAUUGGUGCCACCAAGGACCUUUUAGCCGUGCAGAGUAGUUUCCCAACCUAUCUUGGACGGCCAUGGAAGCUCUACUCUAGGACCAUUGUUAUGCAAUCGGAUAUAAGCGAUGUGAUUAACCCGGCUGGGUGGUUUAUGUGGGAUGGAAACUUUGCUUUAGAUACAUUAACGUAUAGAGAGUAUAAGAACACCGGUGCAGGUGCUGGGACAGCAAAUAGGGUGACUUGGAAAGGGUUCAAAGUGGUUACUAAUCCUGCUGAGGUUGAGCCAUUUACUGCUGAAAGGUUUAUUGCAGGGAGUAGUUGGCUGCGGUCCACUGGGUUUCCUUUCUUUCUUGGUCUGUAAUGGAAAAUUUUACUAGGGGUCGUCCUUGUUUGUCAUUUGCCUGAAUAAGCUUGCCCUGGCAUUACUUUGGAAAAAGACUCGGGAUUUCCCCAACUUUAUGAACUUUGGUCAACAAUAAUAAUUGGACUGGACUAAAUAUAUUAUUGCAA